AUGACUGCCUCUGUGUUUGAAGCUAGUCAGCUUCCUAACCAAAAUCGCGUUGGCCCAUACACCUAUGUGCCUACAGAGUGGAUAUGUAUCCUGUACAUUUUUUUACUAUCGACAGUGGACGGUCAUGACUUGAUACUUUCAGUCAUCCACUUGAGCCAGGCACUCAAGUUUAGACUCUGGUGGAUGCUUCCAACGGCAACUUUUGCCGGUGUUCUCGAAAUACUAGGAUGGAGCGCCAGGCUAUGGUCUAGCCACAGUUCCAAGAUUCUGACGCCUUAUGAAAUGCAGCUUGUCAGCACUAUCAUCGCACCUACUCCCCUUGUCGCUGCCAACUUUAUCAUUUUUGGCAAGAUAAUCAACCAAGUUGGACCCCAGUACAGCCGUAUAAACCCCAAGUUAUGGAUUCCCAAGGAUCAAUAUGAGCCCGGAAUGAAAGAAAACGGCGGUUGGGAUGUGGAGAUAAAAGACCCUGGGACCAUCACCAAUCGAUUUCUACGUCUUAAAAGCACCAGGACCAUUAUUUACAGUAUCGGUUUUGAGCUAAAAGUGACCAUAGGACAUCAAGAGCACUCCGGAAAAAUACUUUUAGAGGACAAGCAAGUCAUGGGAAGCCUAGAAAAAUCGAUCUUUGAGGGGGGUAUCAGGAAAACUCCCAUAUGUUAA